GAGACCCUUUCUUGAGAGCCAUCCAUUAGAGAAUAGAGAUAGAUAGAUAGAUACAUCAUAUUAGAUGUACUACUACUACUACAACUUCUAGCUAUCUUACCUUAGCCCCCACUUCAAACACAUCUCACUCAAAGAAAAACACUACCAAUUUAAUUUUCUUAUAAUGGAAAAUGUCCAUCAUCAUCAUGAUCAUGAUAAUAUUGGAAAUUCCAUUCAAAGACCAAAUUUCCCCUUGCAAUUGUUAGAAAAAAGAGAUCAAGUAGAUCAUUCAACAAUAUGUUCAUCACAAGUUCAUCCUUAUAAUUCCACUUCUUUACACAUGAUGACUACCUCUAGUAGUGAUGCACCUUGUGUUGAUCAUAACCAAAAAUCAAAAAAUCAAGACAAGAAACAACAAGCAAAAAAACCAACAACAACAAAAGAUAGACACACAAAGGUUGAUGGUCGUGGUCGAAGAAUUCGUAUGCCAGCAACAUGUGCAGCUAGGGUUUUUCAACUCACUAGAGAAUUAGGUCACAAAUCUGAUGGUGAAACUAUUGAAUGGCUCUUACAACAAGCUGAACCUGCUGUUAUUGCUGCUACUGGUACUGGUACUAUUCCAGCUAAUUAUUCAUCACUUAAUAUUUCUUUAAGAAGUUCUAGACAUCAUAGUGCUAGUAACUACCUAGCACAUAAUAAUAUUAAUAAUUUCGGUCAUGUUUAUCAUGACCGAAAUUAUUUUAAUGGGGUUGGUUUAUUUUCGUCCGAAAAUAAUUCAUUUUUCCCUAGUGGGAAUUUGAACAUGUUACAAGCGAAGGAGGAGUUAUGUGAUGAUGAUGAUGAUGAUAAUGAUAAUAAUAAUAAUACUGGACGAAUUAAGCGGAGGUCAGAAGAUCAAGACUUACUACAAAAUAAUUACCCUAUGAGUAAUAUGUUACAAUCUAGUACUUAUGGUUCAAUUCCAGCGAGUCAUCAAAUUGGGCAUAUUCCAGCAACAACGUUAUAUAUGAUGACAAAUAAUAAUAAUAAUUCUAGUCAUCAUGACCCUAAUAAUUGUUCUAUGUGGGGAUCUUCUAGUAAUAAUAAUAAUAUUGAGAAUUCAAAUAUUAGAGGAGGGUUAUUGAAUUUUAUGAAUUUUCAUCAACCAAUUUUGGGGACACGUGGUGGCGGUGGGACGGCGGCAGAAGGGCAAUGGGGGAUGUUGACGGCGGCGAUGAACUCGUAUAGACAAAGUGGUGGUCAUGCUAGUGGUUCUUCUAAUCAGCAUAAUGGAGGAGAUGAUCAUCAACAUCAUUCUUGAAAUGUAUGUAUUCUUGUUCGAUUUUGUUAACGCGAGAUAUUUUGUGUAUCAGACUUUUUUUUUUCUUUUCUUGUAUGGGGAAGUUAAAUACAAUAGUUAUGUAGUAAUUGCUAUUAGUAUAUUUUUGUAUUAAUAAUAGGGCAAAAUAAAUUUCUUGGAAUAUUGAGAGCAUGCAUCAUUUUCUUUUAAUGGAAUUUCUUAAGAAAAUUGUAGGGUUUGGUGAGAAUUUUGUAAAGAAUCUUGUUUUUCUACUAAUUUGUUUUCUUUUCUUU